UUUCAAUUUUCCCUUUCUUCCUUUUCUACAAAACUGCUGAAUCAUUCUCUCUUUCUUUUGCGUCCUCGAUUUUCAUCAUCUUCUCCCAUCAAAUUUCUGGAUUUCUUGACAAAGUUACCGUAUUCUUCCCGAGAAGUUAAUCUAGUAGGCAAAUUUGCCAAAAUCCCUUUUCUAACCGAGAAAGCCUUAAAAGAUGGCCGAACCUUAUCUGAUCAAUGGAGUGCAGCCGUGCCGCGAUUCAUGGUACACUUUUCAAGACGACUUUUUGAAAUUCAAUGCUUGGUCAGCGAAGAGGGCGCUCAAGAAGCAAAAAGAUUUGGUUCUACUUGAGGCUUUCAAGGGGAAUGAUAGCAAUACAACAUGGUUUCCUUCGCCACGCGACGCCAAGGAGAUGCUUGCGGAGAACGGUUUUGUGGAGAUAUUGCGUGCUACCGGAAUUCUUAAGUCGGUAGCUUUGAGCCAGACUUUGCAAAUCAACGGUAAUGUGGAGUGCCUUUAUCGCUUGGUGAGGAGGUGGUGCACGAGCACCCAUACUUUUAUCCUUGCUUUUGGAGAGGUUAUUGUGACUCUAGAGGACGUGGCGAAUCUGAUGUUGUUGCCCAUUGUUGGGGAAGAGGAUCCAUGGCAUAUAGCGUUAAUGCGAGAGGAGUGUCACGUUAGUAGCUUUGAAGAAGGUAAAGAUAGCCCGUAUGUAUGUGCAGCUUUCCUUACGACCUGGUUGAGUAAGUUUGUCUUCGGAGGCUUCCCGAACCACAAGAUUAUGGCUGAGUGCAUUCCCCUAGCAAUUCGAUUGGCAGAAGGUGUGAAGCUCUCUUUAGCCCCAUUGAUGCUAGGUACGCUCUAUCAUAGGCUUGAUGUGCUCCAUUUUGAUGAGAUCCUUGGCGCUAGUUAUUAUAUCAUUGAGUCACAUGUAUGUUUGUCUUUAUUGCAAAUGUUUGCAUGGGAGAGGUUUCGACCAUAUCACUCUAGCUAUGUUACUAGUGGGAAGGCUUUGAAGGAAUAUCCCAUGGUGAAGUGUGGUUACACUAGCGGAAUAGCUUUGUUAGCCUGCUCUUGGAUAGGAAAAAUGAAAAUAAAGGUACAGAUAAUCUCGGAGGUUGAUGGCUUUCUGGAUGACCGUGUCAGCUUUAAUUUCCAUGCAUACAAGACAAUGCCAGGGACAUUUGCUCCAUUUGAGGUGAGCCUUUUUGACAGGACACUCCCAGUGAUCCUUGAGAAUCAGAUUAUGGAGUUCACCAUGGGGAAUUCAAGUCAUCUGGAAAUGCUGGCGGUGAUCACACCAUCCAUGUUGCCAUGCAUCACAUGGCGAGGGACUGAGGGUGCUGCCACACUUAAGUUUCUCAGCGUUGCUAGAAUGUCAAUUAUGUCGCCACUGAUGUUGGAAUAUUGGGACGCACUACUGAAGAAGUUUGCAGCUUUCAUUCAAUCACUGCAAGAAGUGGUGGAGUAUGGCUCUACUUCCCGGGAUUGUGAACGUCUUUUUACUCACAACUAUGACCAGGCUGGUGUCGUUGGUGAAGAAUUUGGGCAACAGGUAGCCGGCGGCAUUGGGGUUGUAGAGGGAGCCGAAGAAGCCGCCCCUCCUAAGAGGUCGGUUUUGGGUAAAAGGAAGAGUGUUGCCCAUCCACCUAAGAGCAGAGCACGUAGAACUUCUUCUUCGCUAGCCAGCAAGCCAAAUAAGGCUAAAGUGUCCACACCCUCCAAGGCUAAAAUUGCUAGGGACAAAGAUACAAGUUGUGAUAGUGGAAGCAAUGAGAGUUCUUGGGGCGAUCCAGAUCCCGAGGUGAUUGAGUGGAUCAAGAGAUUGAGACCCGUUCAUGGCGAGAGGCGCUUGGCCGAGUCGACAGAGGCUAAGGCCAGCGAGGUUCCACCACACAAACCUACUACGCCACGUCCCAUUAGCGAACUACCUCCUUUCAGGGCUGGCGACUUUGAAUUGGUUCCCAAGGGGUUUAUACCAGCAAGGAAAACUAGUGCUACUAGCAGCGAGAAAGUCAUGCUUUCAUUCACUUUGCUAAGUGUUGAGAAGGGCGAGGUGAAGGCUGCAAUAGGUGUUAGCAAAGAAAAAGGAAAGAAGGUCACUGAGGUAAUCAGCUCUAAUCCCAGCGAGAGUAGCAGUUGUAAAUCUAGUAGAAACGAUGCCUCGUUCAAGAAUGGGAAUGGCUCCAAACAGAGAGGCAAAGUUGUAGGCUUUCAAGGCAGCAUUUACAUGAAUAGGGCCACCCUUGAAGAAUUCAAAUCGGAUGCGGGUGAUGCUACGAAGAAAUUUGUCUCCAAUAAGGGCAAAAUGGACAUUGGUGUGCUGACCAUGAGUUCAACAAAGAAAAUGGUUAGCCUCGGCGAAACCGAGCAUGGUGAUCAGCAAUCCGCGGCCCCAGCUAAGUUAGGUGAGAUCGACGAUUUGGUCAUGAGACUACUCAAUAGUCUCGACGAGAUGAAUGAGGAUAGGGAUGUCUCAUUGGCUCGAUUUGGCUUGGUGCCCCUGGGUGGCUCACGAGCAGUGGAUAGUUUUGCAGUGCUUACAUUGUUGGAACUGGAUGCCCUUGAUGAUGCUGAGAGUAUUAACUUCGAAGUCAACACCCUUUGCACUCAUUUAUCAAAUUUGGCAAAGGUGUAUGUUGGGAGGAUCGAAUUUGGCAUGGUCAAGGGCUUGGAUGGGCGAAUCAGGGAGCAGGCAAAGCAUGUUGCAAAGAUGGAGAAGUCUUUAGUCGAGACAAAAGAACUUGUCGUCAAACUGGAAAAAGGGUUAGUAUCAACCAAGGCUUACUUGGGGUCGCUCAAUCAAGAAAAGGAACACUUGGAUUCCAACAGUGUGAUUGAGCUUUGCCAGGCCUGUAUGGAGGCUGCCAAAGCCUUCAGAGAUGAGCCUAGCCCUUUCUUGCCAUGAAUUAGCCUCGCGUGCUAGCUUUCCCUUCAUUUUUAUCCCUUUUCUUUUAUAAUAUGCUGACUGCUGGCGAUGCUGCCAUGAUUUAACUGCUUAACCAUGCUUGCUCUAGGUUGAACAUCUCUGCUUCCAACGAAGUCUAGACCUUGUUGCUUGUUUAUUCUCUUGUUUUUCUCUGCUGCUCUAAUUAUAUCAACUGGACAAACAAAUUGUACUGAAGAAAUGGAUCAGGGAGGU